GCUACACAUUAUUAUAUCUAUGUGAAAAAUUAUUUGUUAAAUUAUUUGACAGUAAUUUAAAUUAUGUUAUACAGUGCAUAUUUGGACGAUAGCCGUGGCAAUGUCUAUGGAAGAGACAUGCUAAAAAGUUUAAUGGAUCCGACGAAGGAUCUGAAUAUUACGCAUAUUGAGUUGGAGCUGAAGUUAUUGAGGCAGCGUAUGAAUGAAGAUUGUACUCUCGUCAAUAAAAAAUAUGCAAUUUUGGAUUUUCAAUUUGAAGAGGAGUGUUGUCAGCAAAUGAGGUGGCACAUGGAAUAUAACCAGACAAGUGAAUCAGAUGGAACUCGCCUACAAGACUAUGUCAACGGUACAUUGCCUAUAGCUGGUCGUUCGUGGAUGGGAUGCAAGUAUUUAUUAAUUCCAAGUGCAUAUCCAGGCAAUGAAUGUUAUCUGUUUCUGGUCAAUAUUCGUGAAUGAAAAUUCUACAUAUAUGACUGCAGCAAUAAUGUUCACACACGUGAUGCAAUCAAGGCUCACGCAGAAGCAACAUGCACAGUCGUUCAAACAUUAUUGCAGUGUGAACCUCUGUCCACCAGACGAGAUAUAAAGAAACAUAUAAAUGAUCCAAUGAAGAUGGAGAUUAUACCUUAUCUACCGUGUGCGAACAAUGGGUGAGCA